UAAAAGUGCCUAGGGAGAUGUGUUAUAUUUUUUUGUAUCAGAAUCAAGGUUUUGCUAAUACAUUGAUCUACCAUGUGAGUUAGAGUCUAGUGUCAUAGGAUUAGAUUUUUGCCUAACCAUUAAUUGUGCUAUUUCUUUGUUCGUAUCAGUACCAAAGGAGAAAGAUGAGUCAGGGAGACAAUACUUCUACUCCUACUCCUACUGAUGACGUGAAUGCCCGAAUGGAUGUAAUGCAAAAAGCCAUUACAGACAUGAGUUCUGUCUUUAGGGAUUACCUUCUACACCAAAACAACAAUAAUACCCAACAAAACACCAGUGGUAACUCACAGCAAACAGUGGACUCAAGGGAAGGAAAUGAGCAGUUGACACUGGUGAUGCAAUUUCAGAAUAUGAACCCGCCUAGCUUCAAGGGAGUCCCUGAUCCUACUGUGACUGAGUCUUGGGUCAAGAAACUAGAAAAGAUGUUCAAGUUGCUAAAGUGUACUGACGAGGGGGAGAAGGUAACAUGGGACAAGUUUGUUCAGGCCUUCUAUCGGAAAUAUUUGUCUAAAGCAGUGUUGGAAAGAAAGGAAUUGGAGUUCAUGAAUUUGAAGAAGGCAAGGAAGUUUCAGAAAGGGUUGAAAGCUUCCAUUAGGAACAAGGUGGUUCCUCAAAUGUUAAAGAUUUAUGAUGAGGUCUUAACCACAGUUCAAAUAAUUGAGCAAGAUAUGGAUGAGCAAAAGAUGGAGACUCAUGAUCAAAAAGGCAAAGGCAGGGCUACUAACAACCAGCCUUUCAACAAGAGGUGCAGUAAGAAUCAUGGAGGGAAGGAAUGCUAUUGGAAGACUGGGGCAUGUUUUAAGUGUGGGAAGACGGGUCACUUGAUCAAGGAUUGCCUGAUUCUCAAGGGAAGGGUAGAGGGUAGAGUUUUGCUUGCCGAUCUGAUUUUGUUAGGAAUAGUGGAAUUUGAUGUCAUACUUGGUAUGGAUUGGUUGUCUACCCAUUAUGCCAUGGUUGAUUGUUAUGAGAAGGUGGUUACUUUUUCUGCUCCUAACCAGCCUAUGAUUUGGUUUGAAGGAGAAAAAGUUGGAUCAUUUCCAUUACUUCUUUCUUGCAUGCAAGCUGAUAAAAUGUUGCAGCAUGAAUGUUAUGGAUAUCUGGCAUAUGUUUUUGAAUCUAAAGACAAGCUAGUGUCUGUAGAAGGAAUUUGGGUAGUGGAAGACUUCCCUGAUGUUUUUCCCAAAGAGUUGCCUGGGUUACCUCCAGAUAGGGAGAUUGAAUUUACUAUAGACCUUGUGCCUGGUACUUCACCAAUAUCCCAGCAACCUUAUAGAAUGGCCCCAACAUAAUUAAUUGAAUUGAAAAAGCUGUUGCAAGAGCUUCUUGAUAAGGGGUUCAUUAGACUCAGUACUUCUCCUUAAGGUGCUCCAGUUUUUUUUUUGUAAAGAAGAAAGAUGGCUCACUUAG